UUUUUAUUUUUACAUAUUCGAUAAAAAUGUGUGCUGUCCUCACUCAUCUUAUCUUCCCAUUACAAAAUGCCAUUAUAGACAGCUGAUAAGAAUAAACUUCAACAUUUCAAAGACACGCAAUAUGGCUACGUCGAGGUUUCUAUCUGUCAAAUGAAAGUAUAUUUUCGACGCUCGAGUUGCCACAGAUAUCUCACGUGUCGUAAGCCGUAAUGCUCGACGUUUAGUUGAUCUACGAUUUAACAUACCGAGAUGUAUCUUCGGCAUACGAUACGUGCGACGAAACGUGAUGCGUUGCGGUGUAAACUAGGUUAUGUUCACAGACUGGACGAAUAAAGUGGAGAAGCUUUGCUGCAGGUUGUUCACGAAGAGGUGUUCCUCAAGUACGCGAGUCUAGAUUUCUAGCCGAAAGCAAUGGCUCGAUCCUCCGUAUCGGCGCAAUACGACAUGGUCGCGUCGUACAUGGACGGGGUUCACGUCAAGAUCGCAGAGGCCUACAAACCGCCGAGAAAAAUCGGUCUACCCGCGGCGUACAACAAUAGAUUGUCGGACGUAUCGAAGGUGAUGUACGACUUCAGCUUGGAGAGAUCUGUACUCGAUAAGAUGACCGAGUGGCGCAAGGCCAGGCAAGCGACCAGUAAAGCGCGUCAAGUUCGUUUGGAGGAGAAGAAAAAGAAGGAGUUGGAGGAGACUCCUCCGUCACCACCACCGAUGCCGACAGACUAUGUGAAACAACUGCCUAUCAACACAGCACCUGCUCCGGAAACGACAAUACUCAUGCCGCAACCUUUGUCGCCACCGGCGAAUGAUCUUCAGGAUCACGCGAAAACAAACGGUCUGGACUUUGCCGAUUUCGAUAAUGACACGAGUAGCCCUUUCGACAAUAUGGAAUUAAAGACUAUCAAUGAUAUGGAGGAAUUGGCGCAGGUCUUACAACCUAGAUCGCAGUGGGUGCCAGCUGGAAAAUUAGAGAAGAUCAUAAACGAGUUGACGAUCGAGGAUACCGCAGAGAUACAGAAUGAAGAGAAAGUCGACGAUACGAAGAAGCAAACGGACGAUCACAACAGUACAGAUCAAUCGCAUGACAGUGUUGAGAACCACCGCAGUGUUUCAGCAAUAAUGCAGGAACUUCAGAAGGAGUUGGAGAGGCCUAUCAUGGAGAACUGGAAGCCCUGGCCCGAUUUAGAGAGCCCGGGUGCCGACGCAUGCGGGACUCUGAAGCACGACGACACGAUGACGACGUCGAAUCACGCGAAAGCACCGCCGCAUCCACUGUCGGAUCUGACGGAGGAAGACCAAAAGCUAGCCAGGCACUUAAGCGAUAUGGGUUUCCCCUUAUCGAGAGCGGCGCGCGCGAUACGGGAUUUAGGUGGGGAGGACAACAAGAAGAUCGUAGAGUAUCUAUUGGCCGUCCAGUCUUUAGAGGAAAACGGUAUUUCGGGCGACGACGCCGAAAAAGCCUUAGCGCUCACGCAGUACGAUCAAAACAAAGCGAGGAUCUACUACGAGAGCCUGUGCACGUUGAGGGACCUCGGAUUUCCCGAGGACGAAGCCUCCGUAGCGUUGCUCAAGUGCAACAUCGAUCGUGACAGGGCGUUGGAUCUUCUGAUCCCUUGAGCGAGUCGUCGUCAAUAUCCGUAAAAUAGGAUAUAGCCUGCGAAAUAUUUUCUCGUGAUUUGAUUUUGACGCGGAAACAGAAACGGAAUUAUUAUUACGAGGGAAAUUAAAAUUUUUAUAUCGCGUAAAUCGCAAC